UCUCUUCUCUCUCUCUCUCUCUCUCUCUCUCUCUCUCUCUCUCUUCACCAUCUCUCACGAUCUCUCAGGCCUCGGCUCUCUCUCUCUCCCUUCACCAUCUCUCACGCCUCUCUCACACCUCUCUUCACCAUCUCUCACGAUCUCUCAUCUCCAUCUCUCACACCUCUCUUCACCAUCUCUCACGAUCUCUCUCCACCAUCUCUCACGCUUCUCUCCACCAUCUCUCACGCCUUAGCUCUCUUAAAGGUUUGGACAUAAAUCACAACAAGAUAAGACAAGAAGAAUGGCUGAUGACGUAAGUAUUUUAGGCAGUUCUAGUUUCUUAGAUUUUUUGUAAUUGUUUUUUCUGCUAGUUUAGCUUGUUUGUCUAUUGAUGAGACUUGUUAUUUAGAAAUGGACCGAUGAAGAAGUUAGGUAUUUCUUUGCUCUUUAUGCUGAUGAGAAAAAGAAAGGGAACAGACCAAGGAGUGGCAUGAAUCUAGCUGGAAGAGAGUUCAUCGUAAAUAAGUUUGAAGAGAAAUUUGGUAAGAGAUGGAUAUGGGACAGGUUUAAGAACAAGGUUGAUAUUAGUAGAAAAGCAUAUGUCAAGUUCAAGAAGCUUACCCACAAUAGAACCGGGCUUGUCUAUGAUGCUUUGGGAAGGUUGGAGAUGCCGGAUGCUUGGUGGGAUCAACGCAUUGCGGAAUGGCAAGGUGCAAGAAAGUAUAAGACCAAAGUGCCUCCAAACAUGGAUGUGUUUGAAGCAGAGUUUGGCGCUGUUACUGUAACUGGAGCAGAAGGAUGGUGUGCUCAGCAAGGAGAAGCUAGCUUAGAUUCUAGAGUAGAUGCAGAGAAGGAUGACGAGUCUGAUUCAGUUGACACUGAGAUAUGCUUAAGCCAGAGAGAUUGCUUCAUAGAACAGAUCGAGGUGCUGGAUGGAAUCAUGUUCAGCAGCUUAUGCACGGGUCAGAUCAACAGUGCUAUGAUAUUCUUCGCAUGAAUCAGAGGACAUUUCAAGAUCUGUGUAAAAUGUUAGCAACGAGAUAUGGGUUACAAGAGACGCAAAAUGUCUAUAUUGAAGAAGCGGUUGCAAUGUUCCUUGAAGUGGUGGGUCAAGAUAAGACAGUACGGGUUAUUGCACAAAGAUAUCAGCGUUCGUUGGAUACAGUCAAAAGGAAACUUGGUGAGGUUUUAAGUGCUCUCUUGAAAUUUGCUGCAGAUGCACUAAAACCAGAAGAUGGUGAGUUCACAAGAGUAUGUCCUGCUUUGAGAAAUGAUGAUCGAUACUGGCCAUUUUUUAAAGACUGUAUUGGAGCAUUGGAUGGAACUCAUAUCUCAGUCCGUCCUCCUAAGCGAAAUGCAGAAGCAUACAGGGGCAGAAAACAGGAGCCAACCAUGAAUGUCCUUGCUAUAUGUAACUUUGAUAUGAAGUUCAUAUAUGCUUAUGUGGGUGUGCCGGGUAGAGCUCAUGACACAAAGGUAUUAACUUAUUGUGCGAGGAAUGAGCCUUUUUUUCCACAUCCGCCAAAUGGAAAGUAUUAUUUGGUUGAUGCUGGAUAUCCCACAAGAACAGGGUAUCUUGGUCCGUAUCGUAGAGUUCGAUAUCAUCUCGAUCAGUUCAACAGAGGAGGACCACCAACGAACACUCGAGAGGUGUUCAACCGGAGACAUUCAAGCUUGCGAUCAGUGAUUGAGCGGACAUUUGGAGUGUGGAAAGCAAAAUGGAGGAUUCUUGACCGUAGGCAUCCAAAAUAUGGUUUGAUCAAAUGGAUAAAGCUAGUGACGGCAACGAUGGCUCUACACAACUUCAUACGUGAUUCACAUCGAGAAGAUAAUGAUUUUGUGCAUUGGCAGAGAAGAGAAGAAUAUCAUACUCAUGGUGAUAAUGAUGAAGAAGAAAGAGAUGAAGAGGAAGAUGAAGAUGAAGAUGAAGAUGAAGAAGAAGAAGAAGAUGGUGAUGGUCAUGGUGGACAUAUUCCAUAUGAGCCGACUGGUGAUAGAGCCAUGGAAGGUUUACGUGAUCGUAUUGGUAAUGAGUUGAGUAGAGGAUAUCGAUUACCUUACUAGUUUAUUUGAUUUGAGUUUGUACUGAUUAUUAUUAUAAGUUACUCGUAUGAUCACUUUUUUUUAUUAUUUAGACUUUUUCAAUAUUCUAAGUUACAAGGAAUAAUAUUCAAGUGUAGACUUUUUAAUUA